AGCCUUUCCAGCGCCCUGGGAUGCUGUUACCUUGUGUGUCAAGCUCACGUGCACCACAUCCCAGCGUCCUCCAACGCCAAUUCUCCCCUUCGGUCCAAGAGCAACAAUUUGUUUCAAUUGAAUUUCGGCGAGGCAGCAGGAUGCAAUAGCUGGUAGCGCUGUAUUCAAUUGCCGGAGUCGCCCAUUUCCCUCCAAGUUCUGCGCCGCAUCCUCGGCAGCAGCCGCGCGGAACGGACGGAAUCCGACACUCGAUACGGGCCUGCUACCUACCGACUUGGGGAGUUGAGUGGGAAAUUGGGGUGCUGCUCCCCUUCUGAGACCGUUGUUUGACACCGGGAGUUUGCUUGGAUUCCGAGUCGUUCAAUCAAUCGGGCCCGGUUGUCAGACGGUUAACACGCCGAACGGGAUCGUUCGGCUGCAGUCGAGGAGGGUUGAGCGUUGGGCGUUGAGGAUCGGCCCGCUGGUGUGUGUGCGUGUGUGCAACGGCCAUGUUGCGUUCCACCAUGCCGGCCUCGGCCGCCUUGAGGCGUGGGGCUGCUUCGGCUGGCUUUGGAAAGGCGGGCCUGCAAGGCGGGGUGGCAAUGGGCGGGUGUGGAGGUCUCAACGUCGGGGGCGCGAGGUAUCUGGGCAGUGGGAGACGGUGGCAGGCCGGGAAUGUGCUGUAUAGCCCAGUAUCAUCAGGCCGCCUUGGGAGGGAAGGUGGUUUGGGACCUGCGAUGGGAGUCGAGCUUCACGUGCAGGCGAGAUGGUUCGUUAUGUCGAGCAGGUGGAGGCGUGACGGCCAGAAGGCGACGGGGACCGGGAAGCCCGAGACAGGAAUGUCAGGGGAAAGCAGCCCUACGCCCGCGCCGCCCAAGAAAGGUCCCGCCUCUGCCCUCCGCAAGAUGCUGCCCGCCAUGCCCAAGGCAACCCUCCGCGAGAAUAUCUACACCAUCCCCAACAUCUUGACCGCCUCCCGCCUCGUCGCGGCGCCCUUCAUCGGGUACUGCAUCCUGCACGACUAUCAUACUGCCGCCCUGGCUCUAUUUGCCUACGCCGGUAUCACCGACGCCCUCGAUGGCUGGAUCGCCCGCCGCUGGAACCUCGGGACGGUCGUGGGCACCGUGAUCGACCCCAUGGCCGACAAGACGCUCAUGACGGUGCUCACUGUGGCCCUGGCCGUGAAGGGGGCGCUGCCAGUCUGGCUCGCCGUCAUCAUCCUCGGCCGAGACGUCGCCUUGGCCAUCUCGGCAAUCUACUACCGCUGGAUCUCACUGCCACCACCCAAGACUUUCGCCCGGUACUGGGACUUUUCCCUGCCGUCGGCCGAGGUGCACCCAACCCAGAUCAGCAAGUACAACACGGCGCUGCAGUUAGGGCUAGUGGGCCUGACGACCCUCGCGCCCGUGAUUCCAGCGGUGGAUAUGAGCAGCAUGUUGGGCGUCAUGCACUAUGUCGUGGCCACCACCACCGUCUGGAGUGGUGCCAGUUACAUCUAUAGCAAGGACGCGGUCAAGAUCCUGACGCCGCAGCAGGCUGAGGAGAAGAAGGCAGAGCAGGAGAAGAAGAACCCCAGGUGAAACACCAGGGCCAGCGCUCUCCCACCCCUGCGACAGCUGUGAGGCGCAUCCCUUCCCAAGCAAAGGGCAAGCAAACCUUUGUCGGCGGCCUGUUCGAGUGGCAGCCGCGCGGAUACCCCUUCUUGGCUGUGUGCCAUUUGGAUCCUCUGGACCUCAACUGUAUACCUACAUUAACGGCGGCACCGGGCGUCGCGGAUACCAUAUGUUGUAACUGUUCCCUCAUCAUCUAAAAAUACUUAAUUACUCCCCCAAACACCA